AUGUUUGCAUCAAUUUAUGCCGUUUUUGUGACGCCGUAUCAUGGGCAUCCACGCUUUAAGAUAAUUGCUGAUCAGUUUUCCUCAACUAACAAUAAGAUGUGUGGUGUUCAGAAUGGCAUAAUUUACAUCGCAUUUUAUUUUAUUUUACGUGGCUAUGAACGCCCUGAAGCCCCAUCUGAAAUACUGCACAUACUGUCUGAAUACAUAUACUUUAUCACUAUAACAUUUGAACAGGAUGUCAAGAUAUUUUUAUUUUUCAGAAUGAAACUGCCUAAAAAUUCUAUGAUGAUAGCGAAGACUUGUGUGAAGCCAAAGAACGCUCAUACUUCUACAAGCGGUGAGGAUAUUUUCGAUUCGGUCUCAAUACUUUUUGAGUAUAUGAGAAAUGGAAAUAGGAAAAAAUUAAUACAGUUGAUUCGUCCGCUGGACGGAAAGUUCUGCGACACGUUAAGAAAGCUAAAAAGCAAACUGGUUGAAGACAGUUUGAGAAUUAUGUCGCUUACUGGUUCUCAGGAUGUUAAUGUGGCAGUUUGCGACGCUUCUUCUUCAGAAAUCUCGGAGCAAACAAACGAGGAAAUCCUUUUUAAUCCUAAUAUUAUAACGAUUGAAGUUGCCGGUAAAAACUACCGUCUUAUUAGAAAUGCUCCGGAAUGCAGUGCGAUAAAAUUAGCGUUGAGUCCUCUCGUUGGGUGCCCGUUACUUGCCAGCUUUGAUCUUUCUCCAGAAAGAAUACUUCCAGUGGUGGAAAAUUUUCAAUAG